GCACGAUGGAGCCGGCGAGCCCAUUGCCGCCGCCGCCGCUCGUCCCAAUCGUCUCAGACUCUGCUCAGCCGACGGUUACCGCAGCACCACAACCCGCUGAACCCACUGCCGCCCCCGCCGCCUCUGCACCCUCACCAGAUGUAUCAACGCCACCAGUUGCUCCAGAGGACGCCGUUGUCAACCGCGAGCUGCAGCGCGAGUACUACUCGCUCCGAUUCCCGCGUCGCUACAGCAGCCACAGCCACAAGGAUCUCAAGCAGCUGGCCGAGUUCAAGUUUGAGCAAGCGGUAACGAACGCUGCAGCGACCGGCUCGCCCACUGGCUCUGCUGCUGCUGCUCGCUCCCGGGCGUCGUCGUCGUCCGUCUCACCCGACCCAAGCAGUCUCGCUCGCCACAACAGUAGCAGCCCCAGCGGUAGUGGCAGCGGCAGUCCAGUCUCCGCUGCUGCUGGCGCCAGUCCCGCUCGUGUCAUGACAUUCGCCUCCGCUGCGCCGCCCAACACGGCUCCGGGCGAGGGCGCUUCAACGACAGCGCCGAAUCGCUCAGUGUUUGCUGCAACCGGUCCUGCUGGAUCACGGCCUCCGAGCGAACACUCGCGCCAUUCGGGAAUAUCGUCGGCAACCAACUCCGUUCACGAGGCGCGCAUCCAGCGGCUCAUUCGCCAGGUCUUUGUGCCGACCACGCUGCCCAAUGCGGAUGCCACGGGCACAUCGGGUAGUAGCCCAUCCGCCGCAGAUCAGACCACGGUCGUGGUGGUCUCGUCUUCGCUCGUGGUCAAGUCAGAGUCACCAGUUCAAACUGUGACAGGUGCCGAGUCCACUCCACUUCCUCCUCAUCCCCUUAUCACCUCCAGCGUCAAUGCUGACGCCGCAGAAUCUUCACCAGGGACCAGCGCAAUCACAGGCAAGGGGCGCGGACCAUCCGCCAUCCUCGCCCCAACUCCACAGCACCCGUCUGCAGCCGCGGACGUACACGUCCCGUCACCCUCUCGCUCGACAUCCUCACCAUCAUCCACCAACCAAAGCGACAUUCAUUCGCCAUCCCCGUCACUAUCAACGGAAUCAAACGCCACGCCGGCAGCAGACGCUCCUGCUGCUGCUGCUGCUGCAACCCCAAACCGGGACCACACCGUCUCCCCGCCUGCCAAGCGCAAGCCACGCAGUGGCAUGUCUGCAUGGUCGACACGAGUACUGACUGCGGCUCAGCUGCCGCACGUGUGCGUGACCAUCCCAUCGACUGCCAUUGUCUCCCCAACAAUGCUGGCCGACAAGAACGCCUAUCGAGUGUACGUUGUGCUCAUGUCGACAGACUAUGGUCACUGGAGUGUCCGACGGCGCUAUUCUGACUUUGUUGCACUGGACCGGGCGCUGCGAGAGCUGAAAAUCUACUCGACCAACGCGCUUUCCAACCCCACCCCAGCGCCCACUCAGCCGUCCCAGCCCUCGAUCGCCAGGUCCAUCAUCUCGCUCGUGUCGUCACCAGCAUCCGUGCUCGCGCCCGUUCUCAUCCAGCCAGCCCAGUCUCUUCCUCCACUCCCUCCAAAGCUUCUGCUUCAAGCGAGCGGCGACGACCUCGAGCGACGACGCGUCGGUCUGGAAACGUACUUGGCCAGGGCGCUCCAGUCUGUGCACAUCUCGCGCACGCAUCAGCUUUGGGACUUUCUGUGUCGCUCAGCAGCGGAUGCUGCUCCCUGGCUCGAGCACAAUUUGGAACUGAUCGAACCUGCUGAUGCACCAGCUUCGCCACAACUUGGGCUCGCCCCGUCGCCAGCACUGCCGCCGCCGCCUUCCUCGCAAUCACCCCAUCCGUCCUCUGAAAAUCUUGCAGCAUUGACGCACGAAGAGCCAUCUCUGCAGACCAGCUCGACCGAGACUGAAGCAAGUAGUACAAAUGCAACAACUGCCGCCAAAAAGCCACCCCAUCGCUUUCAAUGGUUUUUCGGUUCAUCGUCGUCGCCCAAGUCCAUCCUCGAAUCCACAGCAGAGGCAGCUACCGGCACAACGGCGAUCACGGCUACUCCAGAAUCUCAUGCAGUAACAACAUCCACCGCGCCGGAUUCCUCCUCCACUCCUGCGGCUCCAGCAGUCGCUCCUACGGCCCCAACUGCUUCCGCCCAGCCAUUUUCCAAACCUCUGGGCCAGUGCACUUCACUGUUGGCCGACAUGGCACGAGUACGACUCGCCGAACAGCUCGACGCUCUCGUUUGUCAGACAGACGUGAAUGGCUGUGUGUCACGCGAGUUGCUUUUGCAGCACUUUGGCAUCCUGGUUGCCGACGGCACCAAUUCCGGCGUGAAUGAGCUGGGCGACCGCCUGUGCAUUGUCAUUCGCCGCUUGGGCACCUAUGCGAUUGGUCGAAGCUCGAACGAGCAGCCCAACGCAGUUCCAGCCAUUCCCCAGCAUGUGCGUAUCGUGCAUGUGUCCCAGUUUCUCCGCACCCUGCACUUUGGCACGCCAGAAGAAAAGCUCGCCUUGGGAUUCCGUUUUAUCGACCUGAAUUGCGUGGGGUAUUUUACGCUCAAUCAGCUCGUGUCUGUCCUUUCGCUCUUGCGUCGCGUGGCCACUCGUGCGUUGCUCUUGCAGCUGCCGACAAUCUCUUCUUCCGCCCCGAUCGAUACGCCAACAAUAACAACAACAAACUCGACCACCCACCACGGCGCGGUUUGGACUGCCAAUGCCAAUAUCGACGCGCCGCACACCCAGCCGUCACAACGCUCUGCAGAGGAUGACGCCUUCCAGCGCCGAUGUGUUGCUCUGUUCCACGCCAUGGACACCCAGCGCACAGGACGGGUCACGUUGAAGGAGUACUCGUCGUUCUGCGCCACGCACGGCCUCGAGCUGGCGUCGCUCGGUUUGGUUGCUACUCCGCAGUUUUUGUUUGAAACAAAAGUCGGUAUCAACUCGGAUGACGGCGCGGCAUUGCGUGAGAGUGCAUCAUCCCCGCCUCGAGCCGACGUGGCGCGAUCGGAAGCCAUUUCCAUUGCCUCGACUUCGCCUCCCACCGCUCACUCCGUCAUCCACCCUCAACCCCACCUCGUCGCUUCGCCCGACUUUGGCCUCAUGUCGCAGGCAUUCCUCGCUCAGCCCAUGCAGGGUCGCGGCUUGUUUUGUGAUGGGACGCUGCACUUUGAUUUCGUGAUGGCCAUCCUCGUUGGAGUUCGACUGUGUCUGGCUGUCACCAACGACGAGUGGCAAAAGCUCACCUCGCAACGCCAGCGACAGCGAAAGCACCGACAGCAGCCGCCCAGCGAGCGCACCUCCAAUGUCUCAAGCACCUCCAGCGACACCUUCCCUCCUGGCGAUGCCUCCUACACAUCGUCCCAGCAGUCCUCCCAGUACUCCUCUCAACAGUCGUCUUUUGUGGGCGAGUCGGGCUUUCCGCAGCAGCACCAGUCGAGUGCUUCGUCGUCUGUGACGCAGAGCUCGGGUGUGGCAGGGUCGUUUACCUCCGUUGGCUCCAACUCGGACAGGCCGUCUCCGUUGCCCACAAUGUCGCCGACAGGAGUGGCCGCGUCGCUUCCUGUGCUCCCCAAGCGGAUUGUUGCCUUGCCCCAAAUCUUUGGAGGCGGCGCGAUCAAGGAGCACAACCCCCACAUCUUCAAGGCGCUCCGCGUCUACCUCAACAUUGAAGACAACGAGUUUGGGUUUUGGCUGUCGCCUGAACUCGUGAUUGGCAGCCUGCUUUUGGGACACAGCAACAUUCCCAGCGUCAAGCAGUCCGAGGGCAAAAGCAAAAGCAUGUUCUACACGAGUCGCGACGGCCGCUACGUGAUCAAGACCGUCUCAUCUGCCGAGCAUAGCCAGCUCAAAGCGAUGGCACCAAGUUAUCUCGACUACAUUUCGCGUCCUGAAAACAGCCAAACGUGUCUUUGCCGUAUUCUUGGCCACUUUUCCAUCCGUGGAACGGCCCACCAGCAAGGGUUGCUCGCCCUGUCCAGGCAAUACGGGAAUGGGGAGCAGAACAUUGGCUCCUUCCCUUUAGCCGAAGAAUCGGCCGAUUAUAAUCUGGCUCUGAACGCCACCGCCGCAGCAGCAAGCUCCGCCAGCUCGGCCGCGUCCACUGCGAGCAGCUCCACCGGUGUCACGCCAGGCCAUGCGACCUCUGGCGCCUCGACGCACUUCAUUGUGAUGGGCAGCGCGUUCUUUGACGUGACCAAGUGCUGCAACAUUGAUCACGACUUGAGCGAAAAGUUUGAUCUCAAGGGGUCGACCAUUGGGCGCAGUGCCGGCCCGCACACUCCACCAGGAGGAGUUCUCAAAGACAUGGACUUUACACGACUGGGCCGAUCAAUCUACUUGGCACCGAACGAUGCGACCAGACUGCAAGGACAGGUCGAGCGCGAUGCAGCCUUCCUCCAGUCACAGGGCAUUAUUGACUACAGCAUGUUGCUCGGGAUUCGACUUGAAUCUGUCGGCACACACAACUCGGAGCAAUCAUCGUCGUCGUCGUCGUCUCCCAGCAAGCGCAAGUCGGUUCGGGCCUCCCUCUUUCGAUCCAAUAGCAGCAACCUUGCGAAAAGCAGCGGGACGGACGCGCGUGAGCGGCACUCGAUGGUGGCGGGCGCCGUGUCCGAGCUUGCUGGAAUCUUUUCGGGCAGUGGUUUCCGAUCGAGGCAAGCUGGCGACCGCACGUCUGGUUCGCCCCGGAGCAGCUUCAAACGCCGCAGUGACGUUGCUGGCGGCGAGAACGAUGCGCAGCGUGCUGCCCAGGCAGCACUCACCAUGGCCGCAGAGCAGACUGCGCUGGCAACGGCACGCCUUCGCCUCGAGCAGCAGCGCGCGGUUGUCGCGUUUAUGGGCGGCCUUUCACCGUGGCCGAGCAACGCGCUCAUUUUCGCCGUGUCCCUGCUGCCGUCGCAAGACGAUGGCGUGAGUGCCCAUCUUGGCGCGCUCUACGGGCUCGGAUACGGCCUGAGCGUCGACUCGCCGGGCGGCAGGGUGCUUCGCAGCACCGCGCUUCACGAGGUUGGCGACGACGGUUUGACGGAAGGGCAACCGCUCGACACCAGCGACCACCUUUCGUCCAGGCACUCUACUGGUGGGUCGCGCGUGCAGCCAGUGUACUAUCUCGCCAUCGUUGACACGCUCACCUGCUACACAUGGCAAAAGCGUGCCGAGCGGUUUUUGCGCGGCGGGCCAUUCGACAUGCAAAGCGUCUCCUCCGCCCCGGCCGCCAUCUAUGCCCCUCGCUUCUCCAAGUACAUUGCGAGUAUCUGCCACAACCCCGAAAAGUACGACGAUGAGGAACUUUCCGACGGCGCCUACGAAGGCUCGUUCGCUGACAACAUGGGCUACGGCGAUGACAUGACUGAAGCCGGUCGUUCGCAAAGCUCGGACUCGAAGCCUCGCAUCCUCCUGAUGGGCCUCCGACGAAGCGGCAAGUCGUCCAUCCAAAAGGUCGUCUUCCACAAGAUGUCGCCCAACGAAACCCUCUUCCUCGAGAGCACAAACAAGGUCAUCAAGAGCGACAUUUCCAACUCGUCGUUCGUUCAGUUCCAGAUCUGGGACUUCCCCGGACAGAUUGACUUUUUCGACCCCGCGUUCGACUCGGACCUCAUUUUCGCCGGCUGCGGCGCCCUUGUCUUUGUCGUCGAUGCCCAAGACGACUACAUGGAGGCGCUCGCCAAGCUGCACAUGACUGUCAAGAAGGCAUACAAGGUCAACCCCGACAUCAAGUUCGAGGUCUUCAUCCACAAGGUUGACGGUCUGUCUGACGAGCACAAGAUGGAAACCCAACGCGACAUUCGCCAGCGUGCCACUGAUGAGCUCAGCGACUCGUCGCUCGGCCAAAUCCACCUCUCCUUCUACCUGACUAGCAUUUACGAUCAUUCGAUCUUUGAGGCAUUCAGCAAGGUCGUUCAGAAGCUGAUUCCCCAGCUCGCUACUCUUGAGAAUCUGCUCAACAUUUUGAUUUCGAAUUCUGGCAUCGAAAAGGCCUUCCUCUUCGACGUUGUCAGCAAGAUUUACAUUGCCACUGACAGCUCACCAGUCGACAUGCAAUCGUAUGAGCUGUGCAGCGACAUGAUUGACGUUGUGAUUGACGUUUCGUGCAUCUACGGCUUGAGGGACGACGACGGCAUCGCGUACGAUGAGGACUCUGGCUCCAUUAUCAAGCUCAACAACGGCAUGGUCUUGUAUCUGCGAGAAGUCAACAGGUAUCUUGCCCUCGUGUGCCUGCUGCGCGAGGAGCACUUUGCCAAGCACGGCUUGAUUGCGUACAACUUCCACUGCUUCAGGCAAGCGAUUCAAGCGGUCUUUGACGCCCGUCGCAAGAUGCUUGGUCAUUAAACCUCACUUUCACCGUCCGAAAUUGAGAGUGACUUCCUUUUUUUCUUCUUUUUGACCAUUUAGUGUUGCGCUUGACAGCGACCCGAUCAGCGCAAUACUCGUGGCCCUUCGGUUCCGUGCCAUCGAUUUUGAUUGUAUUUUCGUUGUGAAUGUGUGAUUUGUGGAUGAACAAAUAACCAGUGA